ACCUUUUGAAGUUAUUUUUCCAAGUCAUCUUGUGCAAACAAGCCUGUGUCCACCCUGAAUGAUUUACAAUCAUCAAACUCCUCAUGAUGAAGGCUCUCACUGUUUCUGCCUUGCUCUGUCUCGUCUUUGCAUCCAUGACAACUGCUGCAGUGGUGGCUGUUGAAGAGAAACCAGAAGAAACACAGAACUCUGUAGUUAACGGUUUACUAGCAGAGGAUGUUCCGGACUAUGAAGCUGUUGCUCCAUCAGACUCAGAGAUGGCUGAAGUUCCAGAAAAUGACAAUGAGGCUGAUGCAGCUGCUCGGAUGUACUGUCCACCUGGCUGGUUCAGUUUUGGAUCCCGCUGUUACCAGUAUGUCAGCAGUCACAUGAACUGGAUCAAUGCUGAGAAACACUGUGUAAACCAGCAGGCAGCUCUGGCCUCAGUGCGAAACCCAGAUGAAUAUCAAUUCCUUCAGAAUCUGGUUCAAAUUGCUGGCCGAACAACUGCCUGGAUAGGUGGAUUUUAUUUCCAGGUCAGUCAGUCAAAUUAG